AUGGAGACAGGAGAGGAUGGAGCAGCACGAGAACUGCGAGGCGCAGCGCGCCGCCCUGCAGCGCCGGCUCACCUCACUGCAGGCCGCGGCCUGCAGCGCGAGCGUCAGCCAAACCGACGAGGCCGACGCGCUCAAGGUACCGCCCCCGGCCGAGUCGAACCCCGGCCGGCGCCGGCUGAGCUCUGCAGACGCGGAGCCGGCAGGAGCGCACCACCAGUUCCCGCCUCGGGAUCAGCCGCCGCCCGACGACUGGGCCUGCAGACAGGGCGAGUUUGUGCUCGUGUACGACCCGCUGCCGUCUCCCAUCAGCGGCGACAUCAUCACCGGAGGCCGGCCGCCCGGCUCAGUGACGGCCCGCUGCACCUGCACAUGAUCGGCGCCGGCGUCACGGGGCCGCCGGGUCCCGGGACGACAAGACUUCCACCCUAUCGACGCCGCGGGCGAGUGGAGUCAGACCCCGAGGAGUCGGCUCCCGAGGCGGGCACAUUCUGCCCGCGCCCCGCGGCCGGCAAACAACCGACCGCGCUGAUGACGACCAGAUGUACGGUAUGUCUGAAAACUAUGUCCCCUGCUUUAGCUCUCCCACGGUAGGCGAAACGGUAAAUUGGCGAAAUCCGCCACCGAGGUAGGGAGGGUCAGAGAGGGGAAGGGAGGGGAAAGAGGGGCAGCCGCUCGGCACCAGGUGAUGCCUGGCUGACCCCGCGCUCCCUCCAUGACCUCCAUCCUGCCCUCAGGCGAGGACCGAUUUCCUCGGCCAGUAUAGCAACCGAGCGGUGAAACCGACCUCGCGGGGCGCGACUACACUUGCCCGAUCUUAUAAAGGGAGUGUUUUUUUCACGGUGAUAUUUAUAGAGAUACCAACACUCAGCAAUGGAUGUGGUAAAAUACAGUCCAAAACAAACGGAAGCACACAAUUGAUUCAAAGUAUGCUCUCCCAUUCCAAGAAAUUCACCCACUGGCCACUUCUAUAGAGGUUGCAAUUUCUUAGGGCGUAAAAUUCACGUUGCUGCAAAACGAACAAACUACCGAACUUUACGAAAUAAGCAACUGUGAUCCCGUCAAUAUACGAUGGACUGAAAUGCAUGAAAACCAUUUUGCACGUAAUGGCCGUUUCCCUCACCUUACCUUUAGCCAAUGCCCACUGACGCCAUAUCCAUUCCACGGCGCUUAUC